GAGCCGGGUACAGCAGACAGACACAGAGAAGGGCUGGUGGAAGGAGGAAGGCUCCUCAUGACGCCGGGCUUUACCGGGAACUGAAAAAAACAUCUACCUGUUUUGGAAGGAGGAAAUUUACGAGAACAGAAUGCUUCGUGUUUGGAUGCUGAUGGCGGUGCAGGCGGUGGUUGUGGGUGGAGAGGCCGAGCAAUCGUUGUCAAGCAAGCAGGGGUCGUUGCCAUGCACGAGGGGGUUUACACAGGAGGAAUACAUCAUCGAGAUGGAGCCAGAGCUGGCGAAGGGACAGGCUGUCUGCAACGUGAGCUUCCUGGAUUGCGGCGGGGGGACAGUCUGGUUCCAGGUGGAAGAUAAACAUGACUUCAGUGUGAACGAGGACGGUGGGGUCUACGCCCUGCACCACCUAAACCUGCGGGGAAAGGAGAAGGCUGUGCUGGUCUACGCCCAUGACCUGCACACGAAACAGGUCUGGAAGGCCAGAAUUCAUCUCCGUGUUCAUCCGAGCAACAGCACUCAAACUGAGGUAAAGCCCAGUGAUGCAACACUGACUCAGCAGGUACCAGAGAUCCUGUUUCCAUGGCGCAGCGUGGUUGUCAGAGGCGAUGGUACUCUGAGGCGGGUGAAGAGGGACUGGGUCAUUCCGCCUAUCAACGUUCCCGAGAACUCACGAGGACAGUUCCCCGAGGACCUCGUCAGAAUCCGCUCAGACCGGGAUAAGAACCGAAUGCUGCGCUACAGUGUGACGGGACCUGGGGCUGACCAGCCUCCCACUGGGAUCUUCAUCAUUAACCCCAUCUCAGGCCAGCUGUCGGUCACCAAGCCUCUGGACAGAGAGCACAUCUCCAAUUUCCACUUGCGAGCCCACGCAGUGGACCUGAAUGGGAAUCAGGUGGAGAACCCCAUCGACAUCGUCAUUAAUGUCAUCGACCAGAACGACAACAGACCAGAGUUCACUCACAGCAUCUUUAAUGGCUCCGUCCCCGAGGGAUCCAAGCCUGGAUCCUUCGUGAUGACGGUGACAUCAGUGGACAAGGAUGAUCCAAAAACUGCCAACGGGAUGCUGAGAUAUAAAAUCCUUUCCCAGAAUCCCCAGAGCCCCUCCUCCAACAUGUUUACCAUUAACAACAAGACUGGUGACAUCAUCACUGUGGCGGCAGGCCUUGAUCGGGAGAAAGUCACGCAGUACACCCUGAUCAUCCAGGCCACGGACAUGGAGGGGAACCCCACCUACGGCCUCUCCAACACCGCCACCACCGUCAUCAGGAUCACUGAUGUCAACGACAACGCUCCAGAGUUCACCACGGAGACAUUCUUCGGAGAGGUUCACGAGAACAGGGUGAACGUGAUCGUGGCUAACCUGACCGUGACAGACAAAGACCAGCCUCACACGCCGGCCUGGAGCGCCGUGUACCGCAUCAUCGCCGGGGACCCCACGGGACGCUUCUCCAUCCCCACUGACCCCACCACCAACGAGGGCCUCCUCACGGUGGUCAAGCCCAUAGAUUACGAGAGCACCCGCUCCUUCAUGCUGACUGUGGAAGCGGAGAACGAGGUCACGCUGGUCCGCGGCAUCCACUUGCCUCGUCAGUCCACGGCAACCGUCUCUGUUCGAAUCCUGGAUCUGAACGAGAGCCCGGAGUUUCGCCCGAACCCGAAGUCCAUGCGACUGGAGGAGGGUCUGUCGGCCGGGUCCAUGCUGACCACGUUCACUGCGCAGGACCCCGACCGCUACAUGAGGCAAAGUAUCAGGUACUCCAAGAUGUAUGACCCCGCCAACUGGCUGGAGAUUAACCCGGCUAACGGACAGAUUUCCACCAUCGCCAUUCUUGACCGAGAGUCUCCGUAUAUCAAGAACAACCACUACAACGUUACCUUCAUGGCAUCUGAUAACGGUACCCCCCCUGCCAGUGGGACAGGCACCCUUCAGAUUUACCUGACUGACAUCAAUGACAAUGCGCCUCACGUGUUCCCGCCGGAGGUGGAAAUGUGUGAGAGGCCGGAGCCCAACGCUCUCAACCUCACAGCCAGCGACCCCGACCUGAGUCCCAAUGCUGGGCCCUUCGCCUUCGAGCUGGCCAAUCGUCCCUCAGAUGUUCGUCGCAACUGGACUCUGCAUCGCCUCAACGGUGAGCACGCCCAGCUCCGACUGCGGAUAGGUUUCCUGGCCAGUGGGCUCUACGAGGUUCCCAUCACAAUAACAGACUCGGGCAACUUGCCCAUGUCCAACACGUCCUACCUGAGGGUCAAGGUGUGUCAGUGUGAUCACCAUGGAGACUGCGUGGACAUGGAGCGCAUCAUCGCAGCUGGACUGGGCACCGGAGCGAUCAUCGCCAUCCUCAUCUGCAUCAUCAUCCUGUUAGUGCUGGUGCUGCUGUUUGUGAUGUGGAUGAAGAGGAGGGAUAAGGAACGCCAGGCCAAGCAGCUCCUCAUCGACCCGGAGGACGACGUACGAGACAACAUCCUGAAAUAUGAUGAGGAGGGAGGUGGAGAGGAGGACCAGGACUAUGACCUUAGCCAGCUGCAGCAGCCUGAUGCCCUGGAGCCAGAGUGCGUCAAAGUGGGGAUCAGACGUCUGGAUGAGAGGCCCCUCCACCAUGACCACCAGUACCCGCUCCGCUCCGCAGCCCCCCACCCAGGAGACAUCGGCGACUUCAUCCAUGAGGGUCUGAAGGCAGCAGACAACGACCCCACCGCUCCUCCCUAUGACUCCCUGCUGGUGUUCGACUACGAAGGCAGCGGCUCCACCGCCGGCUCCCUCAGCUCCCUGCACUCCUCCUCGAGCUGCGGAGACCAGGAUUACGACUACCUGGGCGACUGGGGGCCGCGCUUCCGCAAGCUGGCCGACCUGUACGGCGGAGGGGAUGAUUAGCAUUCCCUACUAACGACGGCCACUCUGCCCCCCACCCUUGCUUCGGCGGGUGGGGUAAAGAAAGAUGAAAUUGGGUAAACACGGGGUUUGGAUCUUCUGUAUUUCUGCGGGACAGCUUGUAAAGAGACUCGCUGCCUCUUGAGGACAGUUUGAUGGCACUCGGGGCCACGCUGACUCCGGGCCUAGCAAGGCCUGGCACUGGCUAGCAUUCAGGCUAACUGACAUGAUCUGAGCGUUAGCCUCGGUGCUAACAAACGCACGCAGCCAGAACAAUGCUCUCAGAGAGGAUGUUGUCUUUGUGAUGGUGGAGAGCUUCGACAGCCAUGCUACAGACGCUCAUUUACACUUGAAUCUUACAGUUCAGCAGCACUGGGGUCAAACGUGCCUUUUGUACAUUCUUUUGAUUGUGUUCAGUCUUUUUGUUGCUUUGAGUUUCUGGUGUUUUGCAGCAGCAACUGGAGGAGCACUGCGCCAUGUUAAUGAGUGUGUGUGUGUGUGUGUGUGUGUGUGUGUGUGUGUGAGUGUAAACCGUUUCCACAGAGACACACUGGAUGGAUAAAGGCAAAGCCUACUAUGAGAGGCCUUGGAUGAUCCUACCAGCAGAAACAUGCUCCAGUGUGCAGCUCUGGGUUUCAGCAUCAAACGUCUACACUUGGAUUUGAUGCAACACAUCGUACCUGCAGUCGCAGCUGCGUGUGUUGCAGUGGUUGCUCAUUUCCACAGAGCUCUAGUAUUAAUGUGACUGUCUGCAGCAACAAACCUGGACAAGCUCAGACGUUUUUCUCGGUGCUUCUUCGCGCGCCGCAAACUCUGAUCAUUCAGUGUCGUCCUGGUCUUUGAGUAAACAGCUACACAGACACGUCGCCUCGUCUGGCUUUCACUCUUACU